CGUCAUUUACGCGUCUGUGACCUCAUCGGAUGCGCUGCUAUAUUUUGACAAGCUGGACAGCGGCUGUCAAAGCUCUGCACUUUAUUGUAUACGCAAAUUUUUGUGCGAUUUGUUAUUAUGGAUUAAAUGUAAGCGAACAUUAAAGCAUGCCAAAGUCUCUGAAAAAGUCCUGCACUACUCAGACCUCUAUUAGCAGGUACUUUGGAGGACUGAGCAGCAGCAGCAGCUUUGCCUCCAACAAGCAGCGCGGGAUUAACCAAAAGCCUGCAGAGCAGCAGCUUUCAAGAGGCAACCAGAAGCUUUCAUCUGAUGAUGACUUGGAAUUGCCAAGAAAACGAGCUAAGCCUUCUCCAAAGGACCAACAGGCGGAGGAUGUGGAGUGUGAGCCUGCGUCCUGUCAGGGCAUUAAAGACACAAAGCUGACGCUGAGCCGAAAAGCAGGCAGCCUGUGCUCCUCCACAUUGGAGAAGCUGAAAGGCUUCACCUGCGGGGCUGAGCCCAGUGUCGUCAGCAGCAUCACCCGGGAAGAAACAGAGACAGCUGAUGCAGGUCAGGAAAGCAGUGAUUGGCCUCCUCGUUGUGCUACAGGUCAACCUGAAACUACACACAGACUGCAGCAUGCAGAAAGGGAGCAUGAGGAUGAAGAGGAGGAUGAUAAAGAAAAGGCAGAUCUGGGGUUGGCUGCAGCAAAACAGGGAGUUCACUUCUCUCAGUUUGCCAAGACAGGAGGAGGAAAGUGUGCAGAGCUGGGUCCUCUGUUGGGGUCUAGCACCUCCUCCAGGCGUUCAAAGAGCAUUUUCACCCCCCUUGAGCAGCAGGUGAUCCAGCUGAAACAGCAGCAUAAGGAUGCUUUGUUGGCUGUGGAGUGUGGUUACAAGUACAGGUUCUUUGGAGAGGACGCAGAGAUUGCUGCAAAGGAGCUGAACAUCGUCUGUCAUCUGGAUCAUAACUUCAUGACGUGCAGCAUCCCCACACACCGCCUGUUUGUUCAUGUCAGACGGCUGGUGUCUCACGGACACAAGGUUGGAGUGGUUAAACAGACAGAAACAUCUGCGAUCAAAGCGUCAGGGGCCAACAGAAAUGCUCUGUUUACUCGUCAGCUCAGUGCCCUGUACACCAAGUCCACUUUGGUGGGAGAGGAUGUAAAUCCGGUCUGCAGACUCGGGGAUGUGGAGGAGGGGGGCUGCGAUGAUGUUGUGUCGGACCCUCCCGACAGUUUCCUGCUUUGUAUUAGUGAGAAUUGGGACAAACUGAAGAAGCGGCUCACUGUAGGGCUUGUGGCAGUUCAGCCCAGCACAGGCGACGUGCUUCUGGACUGUUUUCCUGACGGUCCCUCUCGCUCUGAGCUGGAAUGCCGUGUGCUUAAAAUCAAACCUGUCGAAAUCCUGGUGCCCUCUGACCUCUCAGAGCAAACCGAGAGACUCCUGCACAGCAUCACUAAUGCAAGCGCUCAGGCUGACGACAGAGUCAGAGUGGAGAGGAGGGACAGCGCGGAGUUUGAGUUUGCCUCGGCAAUGAACACACUCACCUCGUUCUACUGUCACACCCAGGCGAAAGGCUCUCGCUCUCUGUCGAGCGUAGCGUCCCUGGAGAGCCCAGUGAUCAGCUGUCUGGGGCCGCUCAUCCAGUACCUUCAAGAAUUCAACUUGGAGCGAGUUCUUAGAAGUGAAAGCUCCUUCCGGCGUCUGACCUGCGAGUCGGAGAUUAUGACUCUAAGCGCCGGCACUCUCCGAAAUCUAGAAAUACUCAACAAUCAGACAGAUGGUAGUGUGAAAGGAAGUCUGUUGUGGGUGUUGGACCACACUCGCACUCCGUUUGGAAGGAGACUAAUGAGGAAGUGGGUGAGCCAGCCCCUUACAGACCUGCAGUCUAUAUCCGAGAGGCAGGAUGCGGUGCAGGAAAUCCUGGAAUCGGACUCGCUGACUCUAAAUUCCAUUCGAUCCCUGCUGUCACGUCUGCCAGACCUGGAGCGAGGCAUCUGCAGCAUAUAUCACAAAAAGUCUUCUACUCAGGAAUUUUACGUCAUUAGUAGCAGUCUUUCUCGCCUGGGGCUGGAACUGCAGACUUUGCUACCAGCCAUGCGUUCCCAGAUCAGCUCAGUGCUACUUCGAAGCCUUCUGUUGGACACUCCAGACCAGCUGAUUCCAGCCCAAAGCUUCCUAAAGGUGCUCAAUGAAAAGGCAGCCAAGUCAGGGAACAAGACGGAGCUAUUCUCAGAUCUGUCUGGAUUCCCAGUGCUGCAGGAAAGAAGGGAGCAAAUCCAAACUGUCCUCCGUGAGAUUCAAGACCACCGCAAAGACGUCCGUCUGAUACUAAAGGCCCCCGCGCUCGAAUAUACGACUGUUUCCGGACAAGAGUUUCUGAUUGAGGUGAAGAACUCAGUGUCAUCCAUUGUUCCACCUGACUGGGUCAAAAUCAGCAGCACCAAGGCAGUCAGCAGGUAUCACUCUCCUUUCCUGGUGGACCGCUACAAGAAGCUGCAGCAGCUCCGAGAGCAGCUGAUGCUGGACUGCCAGAGGGAGUGGACCAAUUUUCUGGAUCAGUUUGGGGAGCACUACCACACCAUGAAAAGGGCUAUUAGUCACCUAGCAACCAUGGACUGUCUCUUUUCAUUGGCUGAGGUGGCUAAACAAGGGGACUAUUGCAGGCCAGAGGUGUGUCACAAUAAGCACCAGAUUACGAUCAGGGAUGGCAGGCAUCCUGCUAUUGAUUUACUGAUGGGAGAGCACAACCAGUAUGUGCCCAACCACACUGAACUACAGGGUGAUGGCAGGAGAACAAUGAUAAUCACUGGGCCUAAUAUGGGGGGUAAGAGCUCCUACAUUCGCCAGGUAGCUCUUAUCUGUGUAAUGGCUCAGAUGGGCUCAUACGUCCCAGCCUCAGCGGCCUGUGUGGGCAUACUGGAUGGCAUUUACACCAGGAUGGGAGCCUCAGACAACAUCUACAAAGGCCGCAGUACAUUCAUGGAAGAGCUGACAGAGGCCUCAGACAUAAUUUCCCGUGCGACCAAACAGUCAUUGGUCAUCCUUGAUGAAUUGGGACGGGGCACAAGCACCCAUGAUGGAAUUGCCAUUGCCUAUGCCACCCUGGAAUAUUUCAUCAAAGAUGUGAAAGCCCUAACCCUGUUUGUAACCCAUUAUCCUCCUCUGUGUGAGCUGGAGCGGGUGUAUCCUGAACAUGUGUCUAACUACCACAUGGCUUUCUUGCUCAAUGAACCUGAUAUCUCUGCUGACACUGAUGAUGGAGAAGUUCAGCCAGAGUUCAUUACCUUCCUAUACCAGUUAACUGAAGGAGCUGCAGGGCGGAGCUAUGGUCUGAAUGUUGCCCGACUGGCUGACAUCCCAGAUCCUAUACUGCACACUGCUGCUCACAAAGCCAGAGAGCUGGAGAAAAUGGUCGAGGCUAGAAGAAAGAAUAAGAAACUUCUCUUAGAUCUUUGGAGGAUCUCCGACAGAUCGUCCCUCAUGAAAUGGCUGCAGUCAAACUCUUGACAUCACCGGAACAUUAUUCACACCAUUGUAUGAAGAAAAAAAUCCCACUACCAGUGAACGGGAAUACUUUGAGAAGAACAAAAGUACAAAUAUGCUGACCUGAUGGAGUACGUGAUGCUGCCCCUUUUCUAGUGUGUACGUGUGGAUUUGUGAAAAAAGAAAAAAGGAUUUUAACCAUCUCAGGUUCUGACAGUCAUCAUAUUUUCCACUGUAACUGUCAUAACAUCAAUAAUGCCAACUGAUCAAGAUUGUGGUUAUUUAAUAAUUAUUAAAAAAAAUUCAA